AUGUUCAAUAACCAUCUCCGUAAGUGUAUCUCUGCAGUUGGGGUGGUUACCGUCGGAACUCGAGACUCAGACUGGGCGCAGAUUGUACUUCUGGUGGUGAAGCAGCUUGUUUGGCAUCCGCUGUCGGCCUACCCGGGUCCUCUGCUGGGAAGAUGUACCAACCUCUAUGCUGCCUAUCACGCGUGGAAGGGGACGCUUCACGUUGAUAUGUACAGGUGUCAUCAGAGAUACGGUCCGAUCGUCAGAUACUCACCGUCCCGUCUGCUGAUCAAUAGCGCCACGGCCUUCCAAGAAGUCAGUUCCAAUGGAGCAAACGUCAUCAAGUCCAAGGCCUAUCGUGCACUCGUCCACAGUGCCCCCAACACCCUCACACUUCGCAGCCGAGAGGACCACGCCAGGCGACGUCGAAUCUUGGGCCUUGCUUUCUCUGACGCGCAACUGCGCGCCUAUGAAGCCAUCAUACUUCGUCACAUAGAGACGUUGUGUCUCAACUUGUACGAAAAUGCAAAACCACAGCCGCUUAGCUCGGGAUCCGAGGCCCUGGACAUGUCUCAUCAAUGCGACUAUUUCACUUUCGACGUCAUGUCGGAGGUGAUCUUCGGCAUGAGAUACAACGCCUUGAGAGAGCCGAAAUAUCGCUUCGUCAUGAAGGCGCUGGAGGAUUCCAACGUCCGCAUCAGCGCUCUGGUCCAGGCGUCGAGCCUCGCAGUCGGGAGACUGGACAAGUACCUUUUCGCGAGAUCGAUCGAGGCUAGAAACAGGUUCCUGGGGUUUCUUGCCUCUCUACUAAAGAGCCGGUCCAAAGCGUCCUUCUCCGACAAUGGGAAUGUCUUCUCGUACCUUGAAACCGCCAAGGACCCUGAUGGCGAGUCGACGCUCAACCAGGCUGAGAUCCGAGCAGAAUCGGCCACACUCGUGGUUGCCGGAUCGGAUACCUCGUCCACGACUUUGGCGGCAACUAUGUUCUACCUCGGCGGCAACCCCAAGGCGUAUGCCAGGCUGAAUCAUGAGAUCAGAUCGACCUUUGGCAGUGUAGAAGACAUCCGCCUCGGGGGUGAGCUCAGCUCCUGCCACUAUUUGAAGGCUUGCAUCGACGAGGCGCUGCGGAUGUCACCGCCGGUAGGGGGCGCGCUUUGGAGAGAGGUCCAGCCGGGAGGAAUGACCGUUGAUUCAGUCUUCCUCCCAGAGGGCAUCGACGUUGGCACCAGUAUCUACAGCCUUCACCACCAUGAUGCGUACUUCGAUUCUCCGUUCGAAUACAGGCCUGAAAGAUGGCUUGUUGGAGAAGGCGGGUCGACCAAGGAGUCGGUGGAGCUGGCGCGGACAGCAUUUAAACCCUUCUCCAGCGGUCCUCGCAGCUGCGUCGGGAAAGGAUUCGCGUAUCACGAGAUUAUGUUGACCUUGGCGCAUAUCCUCUACAGGUUCGAUUUCUCAGCAGAUCCGAAGGACCAAAAGUCUACUGGCGGAUCGACUGGUAACGCGAAUGAGUUCCAAAUGUGGGAUCACGUUACGUCCGCAAAGGUAGGCCCGUGGCUACGUUUCCACGCUAGAUCGUAA